GUUCGUCCCUUUCAGUUGCACCCGUCUCUUCUCUUCUUCUGUCAGAGAAAAAAUUUCGUUGCCGCCUUCCUCUCUCUCUCUCAAACUCCAAGAUUCAGAAACCCUAAUCUCCGCUGCAGCUCCACAUUCUCGUAUUCUCUAUGCGGAUUCUUCUCAAGAACCUCGUCACAUUCUGCGCUCAGUCGUGCAGUUGCAGCCGCAGCAGCAGCAGCAGCAGCAAUUCUCUCUCGCUCUCAGGAUAAAUUUUAUGAGACUUUCAUGGACGGGGAUCUGUGGGAUUGGCCGUAUGAUCAAGGUUGCUGUUUUUCUGAUGCAGAUGAAAGUAGUUACAGUGUGGAAUCUGGAUGGCAGGCUGACUUUUACUUUGGUAAUGGUAAAGAUGUUAUAGAAGAAAAUGCUAUGAAUGAGAAGUAUUGUGUUCAAGUACUGAAGAUAUUGAUAAGGAAGGCAGAUGCUGAAAUUGAUGAUCUUGAAAAAGAUCUUUUGUUGCUUCAAUGUGACCUGGCUUGGACAGAAGGUAGAAACCAAAUUGAAGCAUGCUGUAAUGCUUUGAGAGAAAAUAUUGACAUCCUCGAUGGUUCGAUAAAGAGCUUGAGACAAAGUAGUAAGAUUAAUACAGAUGAUAAAUUACCUUUGCAUGGUCAACCACCACAGAAAUUUUACGAGAUACUGAAGCCUCUACUUGGAGAAGGUCGUGAACAAGAUGAUGGGCAGUUAGUUGGUCUGUCCUGCAAAACUCCGAGCAUUUCUGGCGUAGAAGUCAAAAGUGAAGAAAUAGAAGACAAUACCCUUUUGCUGGCAGUGGAUACAACACCCAAUGUUUCAGCCCAAAAGCAGAAGGAAGAUGGUAGCAUUUGUGAUAAAGAAGUUAAGCAGCCUGAAAUUGCAGUGGAGGGAGUUUGUUCACAUGCUCUAGUAACCGAAGAAAAUGGUUGUUUGAAAUCAGAAAAUAUGAAGUCUGUUUCAAAGGUAGAGAUUCAAAAUAUGAAGUCUGUUUUGAAAGUAGAGAUUGAGGAAGCUAAGAAAUGCCCAACAAGUAAUACAUAUAUGAGCAGAAAGUCAAAGUCAGCUGAAAAUGCAGUUGACGGAUGCAGCCUUCUGAAAGCCCAGAAGCAAGGAAAAUCUGUUUCUGAAAAUGCCAAUCCAGAUGCCCCAAGACAAUCAGAUGGAUUAAGUGGAAACAAAAGAUCUUUUGAUCCCGGUUUAAGUUCUCCAGCACGCUCAAAGAGUGGAAAUUGCAAUGUAGAGGAAAAGCUAAUUGAUUUUCUUUUAAGAAGGAAGAAAAACAAGAGCAGUAAGGGGCGAGUUCUCCCUGAAUCCGACAGAAGUGCCUCUUCAUGUUUAUCUUCGAACACGAAAGGGAAGCUGGACAGCAGCAUUCUACAAGUUUUGGAGGCUGAAGGACCUGGAACAUUUGACACUUUGAAUUUCCCUCUAACUUUGCUUUCGAAGCUGCAACAUCAGCAGGGUAAAGAUGUAGCCAGAACCCAGACCAAGGAGAUGGACAAGUUAUUGCCAGAAGAUUCGCAAAAUGUUGAGAAUGUUUCUCAAGAGAACUCACAUUUGAACGUGGGUCAUAAGCUUAAAGCAUUGAUGGAAAAGGGGCUGAGCAAAGUAGAUACUUAUUCAAAAGCUAAAAAGCACCGUAAGCCGGGAGCAAUUGGAGACAACGCCUGCUUAGAUCUGCCUUCUGAACGGAAGCCUCAAAUGAAAUCAGUUGAGCCAUGCCACCUCAAAGCCAAAAUCCAGGAUGAUGCUCUUGACGUAGACAAGAACUUAGGUCCUUUGUUGCUGAAUAUAGAGACUUCAAAAAUGCUGGUUGCUCCAGAGUUUAUAGAUUUAUCUCUUGAUGAUAUUUCCAGUUCAGAUCAAAUCGAACCCGACAGUGGAACUGGGGAAGACAAACAAACAGUGAACUCGUGUGCCACCACCAAUGAUCAUUCAGCUGAAACUCUGGCACAUUUGCCUUCCUCAUAUCUCAAACUCAAAGAUUUGACUCUAGUAGAUCUGAGGAUCCUUGCAAAGGAACUCAAAUUGACCAAAUAUCAUAAGCUUCGCAAAGAGGUGCUGUUCCAACAGGUUGUCGGCAAACUGGAUCGCUGUUAGAACAACAGACCGAGGUUGGUAUUAUUUCUCUCUUUAAUCAGUCUUCUUAGUCUAUUGGAAAUAUUUUCUCAAAGAUAGUGAUAGGGAAAUCGUGAAAGAAAGAAAGAAAGAAAGAAAAAAAUACACUAAUAUGAAAAGAAGAAAGAAUCUACAUAUUUCCAAUGUGUAAGUUUUGUGCAAAAAAGAAUGCGUAGGUUAGAAAUGGAGAUAUUUAGGAGAUCAGAUAGUAUUUUGUGUGUAUAGAUGUUUUGGAUUAUGGCGGUAAAUUGGUUGUAGUUUUUUGGUUGCUGCUGCCAUAUUUAUGUACAUAAUCCUUCAGCUUUUGUGGAUUUUGAAGCUUUGCUUAUGGGUUUUUAAUCCAGCUUAGAUUUCCAUGUUUGUGUCU